CUUUGCAACCGGUGGGAUGGGUAUUACAUAAGAAGAAAAAGGACAUUUUGGGAAUAGAAGUAAAAGAUUUCACUCUUUUUAGCCGUAGAGAGAAACGACACUAACACAAAUCUCAUUAGUCAUCGUAUGCGGAGACUCACUCUACUUGCACGAAUGGCUAGGAGUGGUGUAGGUGGAUUUCUUGUGCUGCUCGUUGUAGCCUUGAUCUGCUCUGUUUCUUCUUCUGCUUCGAUUUCUUAUCCGAUCUCUGAUUCUCACCGAUCCGCUGCUUUGGAGCUCUUUACUCCGAUCGGUGGAUCAUUCGGAAGCUUGGAAGAAGCAUAUGAGGCACUUCGGACAUUUGAGGUUCUUGGAAUUGAUAAGAAGCCUGACAUAAGUGUCCCAGCAUGCCACUCUGUACUUGAAACUCUUGGGUCUUCAUCUGCUGUCUCUAAGGAUAUAUUCUACGCAUUAAAAGUGAAUGGAAUAUUAAAAUGUGAGGUCAAUGAGGAUGUUCUUGAGGGCAUUGUUUCCAAUCUUCAAACUGCUGUCAGCAGUGCAAGUUCGUUGCUUGACUUCUACCAUUCCAUAGGAAGUCUGGUGCUUAUCAAGGAUCAAUCUUCUAAAGAUGUAAGCUUUGAAGAUGCUGAAGGAGUUUUUCGUUCUAUCAAGGCUUUGAGCCAGAGUGAUGGAAGAUGGCGCUAUAGUUUUAAUAAUCCUGAGUCUAGCACCUUUGCUGCAGGUUUAGCACUUGAAGCUCUUGCUGGAGUGAUCUCAGUAUCAUCUUCUGAGAUAGAUCAGUCUCUGAUUGCUACAACAAAAAAUGAUAUAUUGAAGCUUUUUGACAGUAUUGAGAAGUAUGAUGAUGGAGCCUUUUACUUUGAUGAGAAGCAUGCACAAGAAAAUCAAGGGCCUCUUUCAACUACAUCAUCCGUUGUUAGAGGAUUAACAGCAUUUGCAGAUGUGACCUCAGGAAAUUUGAAUCUCCAGCUUCCGAGCGAAAAAUUUGUGGGUUUGGCAAAGUUUCUCCUAGGCAUUGGGAUUCCUGGUGAUGCUAAAGACCUAUUCAAUCAAGUAGACUCCUUGGCUUACCUGGAGAGCAAUAGGAUCUCCAUUCCCUUGAUUCUGUCACUUCCAGCAACAGUGCUUUCUUUGACUAAGAAGGAUACACUGAAGGUUAAGGUGAAUACUGUGCUUGGCUCAAAUGCUCCUCCUCUGACGGUGAAUCUUGUAAGAGUUUUCAGUUCUGGUUCAAAGGAUACUUCCAUAAUCGAGAACCAGGAACUCAAAUAUGACACUGAAAAUUCAGUCUAUUUCUUGGAUGCUCUGCCAAAGAGUGUUGAUGUUGGAAAUUACAUUUUUGUCUUUGAGACUGUGUUUCAUGAUGCUGCACAUGAAAAAGUUUAUACCACCGGAGGCCAAACUCAAGUUCCAAUAUUUGUCACGGGAGUUAUCAAAGUUGACAGUGCUGGAAUUGAUGUCCUUGAAAGUGAUCUUGGAAUUGUAGAAACUCAAAGAAAGCUAGAUUUAGCUGGAGAAAAUCUUGUAUCAUUAUCGGCAAACCACCUCCAGAAGCUGCGACUGUCUUUCCAAUUGACCACUCCUCUUGGCCAUGCUUUUAAGCCACAUCAGGCAAUUCUUAAGUUGAGACAUGAGACCAAGGUUGAGCAUAUCUUUGUCGUGGCCAACUCUGGAAAGAAGUUUGAGAUAGUUCUGGAUUUACUUGGACUGGUUGAGAGAUUUUUCUAUCUGUCCGGUAGCUAUACCAUCCAGCUUACUGUUGGUGAUGCUGUCAUGGAGAAUUCCUUCUUAAAGGUCAUUGGUCAUGUUGACCUAGACCUACCAGAAGCACCUGAGAAUGCACCCCGUCCACCUCCACAGCCUGUUGAACCAUACUCGAGAUAUGGUCCAAAAGCAGAGAUAACCCACAUCUUCAGGGCACCAGAAAAGCUCCCACCUAAGGAGCUCUCUCUCACUUUCUUGGGUCUCACACUUUUGCCGUUCAUUGGAUUUUUAGUUGGGCUCUUACGGCUAGGGGUGAACCUGAAGAACUUUCCUUCUUCAGCUGUAUCUGCCACGUUUGCCUUCCUUUUCCAUUUUGGAAUUGCAGCAGUUCUGUUCCUCUACGUGCUUUUCUGGCUGAAGUUGGAUCUUUUCACGACAAUGAAAACACUUGGUUUCUUGGGAGUUUUCUUAAUGUUCGUUGGGCACAGAAUCCUUUCUCACCUGGCCUCAACAUCAUCCAAGUUGAAAUCUGCUUGAGACCAUCAGAAGCUCAAAUUACAGUGCUUGCCCCUUAUUAGACAUUUUGACUCAAUUUUGUAGGUUGUCCUUUGCGAACUGUGUACUAUCUUAUUAGAUUUUUAGGGGACACUUGCUCUAACGGAAAAGAAAUUUAUUUAUACUGUUGACUUCAACGUCUA